AUGCAGGCCGCUCGAGUUCUAUUAAAGUCGAGGUUCGCCGUAAGCGCCAGGCUGCCAGCGGGGCUUACCGCUCCUGCAAGAAGAUGGUUGGCUACUCCAGCUGAAAAAUCUGAACAAUGGCAAUCAAGUCUCGAAAAAGUAGGCCUAGACACAACCCACAUACCAUUCUUCCGCAACCCUUCAAACGCCCAAUGCUACGAAGACGCAAUCAAAUACGAACCAGGCACAUUCAUCACUUCUGCUGGUGCCCUGUCUGCUCUCUCGGGUGCAAAGACCGGUCGAUCUCCCAACGACAAGCGUAUUGUCGACGAGAAGGAGCAUACUGAUAAUGUUUGGUGGGGGCCCGUUAACAUGAAGCUCGCUCCGGAUAGUUUUGCUAUCAACAGACAGCGUGCUUUGGACUACCUCAACACCCGUGAACGAUUGUACGUCGUCGAUGCCUUUGCCGGCUGGGAUCCAAAAUACCGUCUCAAGAUCCGUAUCGUUUGUGCCCGUGCCUACCACGCUACCACGAGACUAUCGAAACUUGAUGUCACUUGGUACUCAAUAUACAUAACUGACUUGUUUGCUCCUCAACCAGCUCACUUCAUGUGGAACAUGUUGAUCCGUCCAACUGCCGAAGAAGCCGCCAACUUUGGUGAACCAGACUUCACCAUCUUCAACUCGGGUCAGUUCUCUGCCAACAAGCUCACUCCCGGUAUGACUUCAUCCACCUCUGUGUCCUUGUCAUUCGACCGUCGAGAGAUGGUUAUUCUCGGUUCGCAAUACGCUGGUGAAAUGAAGAAGGGUGUCUUCACUGUGAUGCACUACUUGAUGCCUCGACAAGGUGUCCUCUCCCUCCACACCUCAGCCAACGAGGGAAUGAACCCUGAAAAAGAUGUAUCUCUGUUCUUUGGUUUGUCUGGUACCGGAAAGACUACCUUGUCUGCUGAUCCCCACCGUGCCUUGAUUGGUGAUGACGAACACUGCUGGUCAGACCAAGGUAUCUUCAACAUUGAAGGUGGUUGUUACGCCAAGGCUAUCGAUCUCAGCGCUGAAAAGGAACCUGAAAUCUUCUCUGCCAUCCGAUUCGGUUCCAUCCUCGAAAACAUCAUCCUCGACCCCAAGACCCGCGUUGUUGACUACACUUCAAAGAAGAUUACUGAAAACACUCGUGCUUGCUACCCAAUUGACUUUAUUCCAAACGCCAAGAUCCCUUGUGUCGGUGGUCACCCCAAAAAUAUUAUCUUGCUGACAUGUGAUGCUUUCGGUGUCUUGCCACCAGUGUCCAAAUUGACUUCCGACCAAGCUCAAUACCACUUCAUCAGUGGUUACACUGCCAAGAUCGCUGGUACUGAAGUAGGCGUCACUGAACCACAAGCUACCUUCUCUGCAUGUUACGGUGCUCCCUUCUUGGUCUUCCACCCAAUCAAAUACGCAAACAUGCUCGCUGAAAAGUUGGCUCAACACAAGACUAAUGUCUGGUUGAUCAACACUGGCUGGACUGGUGGCAAGUAUGGUGUCGGAAACCGUAUCUCACUAAAACACUCUCGUGCUAUUAUUGAUGCUAUCCACGAUGGCUCAAUGGACAAGAUCAUCAAAACCAACGGCACUACACUUCCAGUCUUCAAUCUCGCCAUCCCCAAGGGCGGUGUCAAGAACGUCCCUGACUCCAUCCUCAACCCUGCCUCAGCUUGGUCAUCGAAAGCAGCAUUUGACUCUGAAGUCAAGAAACUCGCUCAUUUGUUUACUUCCAACUUUGAGAAAUUCAAGGAUGGUAAAGGAGCUGCUGCAUUGGUCAAAGCUGGACCAGUUCUUUAA